AUGAACAUAGCCAUGGUGCUAGUAAUAACGUUGACGUGGCUCGGUGGCACGUGUGGAGAGUUGGGGGAACAAUUGUUCGAAGUUGGGAAGCUUGAGAUGUUCGUUGACGAGCUUCCAGAUAUGCCUAGGCUCAAUGGCUUCCACUCUGUUCAUGGCGAUCUUAAACCCACUUCCCUUCAAAUCGGCAUGUUCUUCACCAAAUGGAAAUUCCAUAGAGAUUUGCCUCCGACGCCAGUGUUCGCAUUCGGUACGUCGCGGAGCAGAGCAACAGUUCCUGGUCCCACGAUCGAAGCCGUCUAUGGAGUUGAAACAUACGUGACGUGGCGAAAUCAUCUCCCUUCAUCUCACAUCCUCCCUUGGGACCCAACAAUCUCCCCCGCAACACCGAAACACGGUGGAAUCCCCACGGUGGUUCAUUUGCACGGCGGAAUCCACGAGCCGACCAGCGACGGCCAUGCCGACGCUUGGUUCACCUCCGGUUUCAGAGAGACGGGACCGAAAUGGACCAAAACGACGGCGCAUUACGAGAACAACCAGCAGCCUGGUAACAUGUGGUACCACGACCACGCCAUGGGUUUGACCAGAGUCAACCUUCUCGCCGGUUUGUUAGGCUCGUACAUACUCCGCCACCACGCCGUCGAAUCUCCUCUCCAGCUACCAACCGGAGACGAAUUCGACCGGCCGUUGGUCAUUUUCGACCGGAGCUUCCGUACAGACGGUUCGAUUUACAUGAACUCCACCGGAAACAACCCGUCGAUUCACCCGCAAUGGCAACCAGAAUACUUCGGCGACGCGAUCAUCGUGAACGGGAAAGCGUGGCCGAGAUUAACCGUCCGGCGUCGGAAGUACAGAUUCCGCAUCAUAAACGCCAGCAACGCCAGAUUCUUCAAAUUCUUCUUCUCCAACGGUCUCGAUUUCGUCGUCGUCGGAUCCGAUUCUGCGUAUCUGUCGAAACCGGUGACGACCAGAUCGAUUCUCUUAUCUCCGUCGGAAAUCGCAGACGUCGUCGUGGAUUUCUCCAAAUCUCAAUCACGCACGGCGGUGCUAGCCAACGACGCUCCGUAUCCUUACCCUAACGGUGACCCCGUCAACGAAGAAAACGGCAAGGUCAUGAAAUUUAUCAUCAGCAAUCAGCCAGAAGCUGACACGUACACAAUCCCGAAGAAGCUCAUCGAGUAUCCGUCUGCUGACGUGUCGAACGCCGUCCUGACGCGUUACAUAGCAAUGUACGAGUACGUUAGCAACUCCGAUGAGCCAACUCAUUUGUACGUCAACGGCUUGGCCUUUGACGCUCCCGUGACGGAGACUCCAAAAUCCGGUACAACCGAGGUAUGGGAAGUGAUUAAUUUGACGGAGGAUAACCAUCCGUUACACAUUCAUCUUGGACUGUUCAAAGUGGUGGAGCAAACGGCGUUACUAGCGGCGGCAUUGGAGGAGUUUAAGGACUGUAUGACGGAGCUGAACGACGCCGUCAAGUGUCAUAUAAGCAAAUACUUACGUGGGAAAAAGACGGCGGUGACGGCGCACGAGAGGGGUUGGAAAAACGUGUUCAAGAUCAUGCCGGGACAUGUGACGAGGAUACUGGUUCGGUUUUCUUAUAUCCACACUAACGCAUCUUACUCGUUCGACCCGACCCAAGAACCCGGAUAUGUCUACCAUUGUCAUAUAUUGGACCAUGAGGAUAACAUGAUGAUGAGGCCGCUUAAGAUCAUCAAGUGA